AUGUAUGUCAGAGUUGUGAUCGUAGGAAUGCUCCUGGUCUGUUCACUCUGGACUGAGAAUGCUCUAGCUGGUUCCAGUUUUUUAAGUCCUGUACAACCAAAGACGCAGCAACGGAAAGUCCCUCAGAAACCUACAACUAAGUUCUAUCGCCGAGAAGUGGAAGCACUUUUCGAUGACCAUCAAAGUAAUACUGACAGAAGCGACAAUGAAAUAGAAAUAAAGUUUACAGUUCCCUUUGAAGUUGGCAUGAAAAUUUCAGAAGAACAGUACAGAGACUAUGGACAAAUAUUGGAGAAGCUGAUGGAAGACAUGCUUGCUGAGGAUAAUAAAGGUGAAAAACACUAA